AUGAAGUGGUUCGCUACUAUUGCCGCUGUUACUGCUCUUCAAUUCUCUGCACCGCCGACAGUGCUUAAAAGAGCUUCGGUCAGCGAUGUGGCCACCGUCGGUUUCGCAACUUUGAACGGAGGAACUACUGGUGGAGCGGGUGGAACCACAACAACAGUGACGACUCUGGCCGCACUCACUUCUGCUGUUUCGGGUGACAGUGCCAAGAUUGUCAUCAUCUCUGGAACUAUCUCCGGAAGCGCUGUUGUUAAGGUUGGUUCUAACACGUCUGUGCUUGGAGCGGCCGGUUCUUUGCUCGACGGUGUUGGACUUCGUGUGCUCGACGAAUCGAACGUAAUCAUCCGGAACGUCAAGAUCCAAAAGGUUCUUGCAGAUGUCGGAGAUGCCAUUGGUAUCCAGGCCGCGUCUCAGGUAUGGGUCGACCAUGUCGAUCUCUCUAGUGACAGAGACCACGAUAAAGUAACUGCUGAAUUUAGCUACGACGGUCUUCUCGACAUCACUCAUGGCUGUUACGGAAUAACUGUCACCAAUAGCAAGCUCUACACACAUUGGAAGGCUUCCCUCGUCGGUCAUUCCGACAGUAAUGGCUCCGAAGAUGCAGCCAUUCGGGUUACCUUUGCCCUCAACUGGUGGUACGACCUCAACUCUCGUACCCCGUCUUUCAGGUUUGGUAUAGGACACAUCUUCAACAACGUUUACGAUGACAACAAUGACGGAAUCAACACUCGUGACGGUGCCGAACUACUUGUUGAGAACAACGUUUGGACAGGCACCGACAAGCCUUUGUACUCCACGGACGAGGGAUACGCAGUCGCCACAGGCAAUGACUUCGGAGGUGCAGAGAAUACUGCCGACGUGGGCACCAUCACUGCUUCCCAACUCGGAUACAGCUACAGUCUCAUCGCUACCGCCUCUGUCCGUGCUACAGUAGAGGCUAACGCGGGUCAAACACUUACAUUCUGAGGAUUUACAUCUUGCAUUUUUACAAGUCGUGCCAGGUCAUCAUCUUCUCGUGUUAUUGUGAUAGCGUAUAAAAAUUUGAUCUCUCGGUUCCCAUCAGUUCACUGCCCUUUAUGCACGAGGCAUGCGUACAUUCCUGGAUCAUGAUGAUAAGUUCGCGCUCUGAAACGACAGAAUUGCCGAGCGGACAAGAAGCGGCACAAGUGCGAGUCGGCAUUUAGGCUCCGGCGCCGCCUUUGAAUCACUGUUCUCACUUUCAUUUGAGGAUCUUCGAAUUUCAAUAUGGAGGGGUGGCGUCGAGCAAAG